UUUGCAUGUAACAUCAGAUCAGCCCUAUAAUUUAGGAUUGAAACAAGUAAUGCUGUAGCUUUCCUAUUAUUCAAGCAGAAAUGGAAACAAUACACACAGGCUUUGCAGCACCACUUCCCGCCUUCAUGUUGUGACAGCAGCAGUUUGGCACACCCACGCCUUCCUCCCGAGGAUCACGGGAAGAAAGUUUUAGAUCUACACCAGCAGUUAACAGACCGAUGAGCAUGAGGAGGUUUUUCAGAGCCCACAGGGAGGAGGACUACAGUCAGAUCCAGUACCUGACCGCCAAAUGCACCCGUUUGGCUCAUGACAAGGCAGUGCUGGAAAGAGAAUUUCUGGUGUCCAGAGAGAAGGAGAGGAAGCUGCAGAAUGAACUGGAAUUGGUGACUUCUCGUCUCCUCCAGCAGGAGCAGCUAAACCUGGAAUUCAGGAUAAACCAGGACCAUCUCAUCUGCAGGAUCCAUCAGCAGCAGACCCUGGUGGACGUCCUGCAGCAACGUGUGGUCCUGCUGGCAGAGGAGAGUCGUCAGGAUGUGAAGCUGCUGCAGCAGGUCAACUCAGAGCUGGUGUGUCUGCAAAGCUCCGAGGUGAUGCUGGAGGGUCUGGUGGAGGAGCUGCACGCUGAGGCCCAGCAUCAUGCUGCACUGACAGAGAGCCUGCAUGCAGAGCUACGCAGUAAGAUAGUGCAGCUGCAGGACCUGCAGGAUACCAACAGCGGCCUGACAGAACAGUUGAAGGACCUCCGCAGAACUCAUCAAGAGGAGGUGAAGGAACUGCAGCAAGAGAAUAAGGGAAGCCUGAGUAAACUACAGAAGACAGCAGAACAGUUUGAGUGGCUCUGUCAGCAACAGAAGUACUGGAUGCGCUGUGUCAAAAGGUUCAAAGACUGUCUGCUGGAGGAGAGACAAACUCUGCUGCAUCAUGUCAUCAUGUUGGAGAAGAAGGUUGGGGAACAGAAGAAGAAUUCACAUGGGGGUAGCCCAACACAAAGCCUGCGCCCCCUAGAGGGCGCUCAGAAGUGUGACAGUAUAACAUCAUUGGAUGCAGAUCCAAUGACAAACUUGGGGUCUCAGGUGGAGAAGUCAAACAUGAUGUACGAGGAGCUCUUUAAACAGGCAGGGAGCUCUAUCAGCAGAUACCAGAAACCUCCAUGAGAGCUAAAGUCAGACAAUCUGCACUCGUCCCAUUGUUUCCCACCUUCAGCAAACCAGAAGUUUAACUACUAGAUGUUUGUGUGUCUGGUUUUGUGGUUUGCCUUCCAAUCUUUGUUUUAAAGAAACCAAAUAGUCAUUGAAAAAAACGAAACCUGCAAAACCGCACAGUCAUUGUUUUCCUUUCACUAUUGUUCAGUGAUAUAUGGUUAAACUGAAAACCAUUUAGUGAGCUCCUGUUCCCCCCUUUUUUCACUGCCGUACCAUAUGCACAUCACAUGUGCCUAAAUUUGUCUGGUCACAUUUUUCCAGUAAUUGUCCAUUUUUCCAAACCUUGUAAUCAAUGUUGCUAAUAAGAGCACCUGAGAAUGCUCUCUUUUGUUGUUUGGCCCAUAAAUCCUCAGCUGGCGCACAGAGGAAACAAACAUGUUGUUUUGACUGCAGUAAAGCUCCACCACUGUUUCAUCACUGGUUUGGGGCAUCUUUUUCUUUUCCUUGUCACUCGGGUUUCUCUUCUGAGCAAUUAUCAGGAAUUUUGUAAAGUAAUUUGGUGCAGAACAGCAGCGACUCAUGUGUGAACCAUAUGAUGCACACAUGGUGUUAAAAAGGAACAAUAAAACCUAAAAAAAUUGUGUUUCUCAUCAUUAAGAAAGUCA